AUGAAGCAUACGACGGUCAUAACCAACGAGUCAUCAAACAUACCCUCAGACAUUUGUGCACGAACUGUACUUACAUAUAACUCAAUCAGAUUGAUCACAAACAGGGAAAUGUCGACGGUUGUUUGCGUUGAUCAUUCGGCUGUUCCGUUUAACGAACAAAUUUACACAUUGGAUCAGCGACAGUCUUAUGGUAAUAAUCAACAUUCUUCUUCGUAUGGGCGUUCACAGAGUUUCAAUGAAGAUGAAUUUUGUCAAAUCUGUGGUGAUUUGUCAUCAGGUUGGCAUUGCGGAGCAAUAACAUGUGAAGCAUGCAAAAAAUUUUUCCUUCGUUCAAUUUCGACUGGUGAUGGAAAUAAAAAGUAUAAAUGUCAACGAGAUUUUUCCUGUGCAAUCACGAAACGAUCGAGAACUCAAUGUCAAUAUUGUCGAUUUCAGAAAUGUUUAGCAGUUGGAAUGAAACCUCACGAGUCGAUGGGACCAAAAACUGAAGAUUUGUACAAGAAACUGCCGUGUUUAGUCUGCGGUGAUCCAUCUUCAGGCAUUCAUUUUGGUGCGGUAACAUGUGAAGCGUGUAAAGGUUUCUUUCGUCGAUCGAUGCGAGAAAAUGCAGUGGAGAGGUAUCGUUGUGCGGAAAACAACAAUUGUGAAAUACGUUCCGGAUCUAAAGUCACAUGUCGUGCAUGUCGAUUCAGAAAAUGUGUUCAGAAAGGAAUGUCAAUGGAUGCUUCUCGUAUUGGUCGACAAUCGAAUCUUUUCAAAGAAAGUAUUCGACAAUUACAAAAUGGUUCGACAUCAAUGGCAACAGCAACUGAUUCGGCACGAAUUACGUCAAUGGCAAAACGACGAAAAAUCAAAUCCAAAUCAACACAAAUAUUUACUGCAAGCAGUGAUAUUGAUCUUAAAUUAUCAUCGGAAACAAAAACGUUCAUAGAGAAAGUACAUAAUGCAUAUACGAUGCAUUUAAAGGAUUUACCUCGAUGUGUCCCUCACGAAACGAUUUGGUGGACAAUGGCAUCACAGUUAACAGCUUAUGCUGAAUCAGUAAUAAAUUUCUGUCAAAAAACCAUUCCUGGUAACAUAUUCCAUCAUCUUUACCUUUCGUUUGCGCUGCUCACUGAUGUGACUUUUCUCUUUGACACACGAUUUCUUCCUUCUCACGAUCUACACAGAUUUGAUAACAUGUAUGAGAAAUACGACGUCGUUUCAUCAUGCAUUCAUUCUGUUGCUAUGUUGGCAUUGUUACCACGAAUAAUUUCUAUAAAAACAUUGUACAAUAACCAUCAAUACACAUGGAAUUAUUGGCAGGCAGAAUCGACAUUGUCCAUAGAAUUAAAUGCACAUGUUCCACAAUUAACCGAAGCGGAAAAUUCAUUUCGAUCAUUCGAAACAAAAAUUCGUGAUUUACAUUUGGAUGAAAAAGAAUUUGCUCUUCUUCUACUGAUGAUCAUCACUCGAACAAACAUCAAUGUGAUGAACGAAGAGACAAAAUUCUGGCCACAAUGUCAAUACGAAUGUGUUCAAGCUUUCUCGGAAUACGCUCAAGCACGUCGAUCGAAUGUUCCCGGAGAAAUUCCAAUUGAAUUUUACGACAUAAUCUUUUUAGUUUCUCAAAUUCGUAAUCUAAAUCGUCGAAUUGGUGGAUGUUUAAUGAAUCUUCCUUGGCCAUAUAUACAAAAUGUUCCUUCAUAUUUUUAUCGUAUUUACUUACCAAGUAUAACAAAUAUGACAUCAAUAUUAAAUAGUAAUUAUGAUCCAGUUUAUCUCUCACCGAAUCGAUCCACAAUUGAUAAUACAGCUCGUGGUGACGAUGGUUUAUUCAAUGAUUGUUUAAAUAGUAAUUCAAAUAAUAUGAACAAUUUAACUUCCAAUCAUUAUUCUGUCGAUACACGUGCUGAUAGGUCGCAUAUAUCCGUCCUAUCAUCAGUGUACAUGUAUAUGUGA